CUUUCUCUUCUCUGCGCCCGCAACUUUAGUUCUAAUGUAUCUUGUACGCGCUGCACAUCAUAAGCUCUGUCGUGUCCAUUCAGCUGUAUCCGGUAAGCAAGGUCGCAGGUGUGCUGAAGGAAGUUACAUGGACGCUGAACAAAUCGUAGUUUGUGUGUGAAGUACUCUGUUGUGUUUUGGAAGGCGUAAAGAUUCUUUAAUCUUAUUUUCCGAAGACAGUGCAGUUUCUAAGCUUUGUGUCGUAUAUUGUACACCGCCUGGUUACUUUAUAAAAGUAACUACUGAAACAAGGAAAUUACUUGUGACAGUAUCAUUCCGAAUAUGCGGAAGAUUGUGACGUCACACAUGUUUCAUUACUGUCAUCGAUACUGUUGCUGUGUGAUACACGAACCAGAUACCAGUAAGUGUGGAGCAACGGAACGUUUCAUUGGAUGAGGUGGAUAAACAGACCCCCUUCUGAAGACUUCGCCAGACAGCUACGACUCAGAUCCAUAUUGGCUGAGGGAUUUGUUUGUCCCCAUUUGUACGUACCAUAGCCGUCUGUUUCAUGGUUGAAUCGACUACAAGAAUGAGUGUUGUUCUUCAGAUCAAAGAUAAAAAAGAAUAGAGCAACCUCACCAUAAUUUCUCCAGCCAGUUCCAGCUCGAAUUUUGGCUACAAACAUAAAAAAUGAAGAUCUUCCUUUGUGUGGUGAUAUAUUCCUUAUUUAUCUCGCAGCCAAGAGUCCAGGCAUCAACGCCCGAUUCUCCAACGUAUGUCGCCGCUGUGGUGGAGUACUCCCCAGUCACGGCUUCAGAUGGCGACACUGCAGCUGACGUUGUAACCAAGAACUUAGCGAACUACGUUCUGCAUAUUCAACGAGCGGCAGAGAAGGGAGCUGACAUCAUCGUGUUUCCGGAGUGCGGUUUGGUUACCUUUGCCGGUCAUGGCAGCUUCUCAACUCACCUGCCGAAUCCUGAAGAUCGGGUGAACCCUUGUACGGAUGAUUCCAGCGGAGUGGAGGAGGUCGUCCGCACGCUGUCGUGUGAGGCUCGAAACCGAAGCAUCUAUGUUGUGGUGAAUAUUCCCGAGAUGGUACCAUGUCCCAGUGAUACCAAUUGUUCGUCCUCAGAUGUUCUCCUUUACAAUAGUAACGUUGUAUUUGACCGAGACGGAACCGUGGUGGCGAGAUACCGAAAGUUCAAUUUGUUCGGUGAACCUGGCUUCAGUGCGACUUUAGAACCUGAGUUGUCCGUCUUCGACACGGACUUUGGAGUGAAAUUUGGAACGUUCACUUGCUUCGACAUUAUGUUUGAAAAACCAGCAGUCUCUCUGGUCAGAGCCCUGGGAGUCACUGACGUCGUGUUUCCAACUGCGUGGUUCUCCCAACUGCCCUUCCAUUCAGCUGUUCAGGUGCAGUCAUCAUGGGCUUCUAGUAUGGACGUCAACUUCCUUGCUUCUGGGUACAACAACCCUCGAGGGGGUAGUUCAGGAAGCGGUAUCUACGCCGGGAAAGAAGGGCCCAUCGUGGCGGUAAUGCCCACUGUUCCUAGUACCCAAUUACUAUUGGCUGUUGUGCCGAAGAAAUCAUUUCAACGCACAAAACAUGUUUCAAGCAAUGUUUCAAAUGUUUGCGAGCUUAUUACAGCGACGCCUUAUCGAAAUGCUUUUCCUGAGAGACUUGACGGUAAUGACUCUGGAAUUACGAUGUUGAGCGAUUAUCUGGAGCCUUAUGAAACUCUACUCUUGACAGAGAAUGAGUUCUUCAGUAAACACACUGUGUGCCACAAUGAGUUGUGUUGCGAUUUUGAACUCGUAAUGCACAGGAGCCAGCAGAUUAUGAAUUCUUCUUACAAAGAUAAUGUUUAUCGAUUAGCGGUUUUUGAUGGAAUCCGUUCCUACACGUAUGUAACAGCGGGUGUCCAAAUUUGUGCUGUCAUAUCAUGCAUUAACGAUAGUCUGUCUUCAUGUGUUAAAGACUUGAAAUUGUCAAAGCAAGAAAUGUUAAAUACGGUUUUCGACUACGUUCACAUAUCUGGCAAUUUUCGCCAGAGUAACUCUAUCCAUCUGCCGAUCACACUCGUCCGCGGUUACGAUGUGUUAUCUUCAGACAAAUUCCAGUUCACGAGAGAGGAGAUGCCUGAGAGAAAUGAAAUAAAAGUCGAUAUGAAAACAUCAAGACAAAAUUCGAACCUUUUAACUUUUGCAAUAUUUGGACGCGAUUUCCAAAAAGAUGGCGGACUACUCACACUCCCUUCCAGGUGUCAUCGGACAAGUGCAGCGACAGUGACCGUUCUUAUAACCGUCGCUGUAAUUCUCUGUCUUCAUACUUAUUUCAAAUUUCCAUUUUCCUUCCUACAUUAAAGCCUUACUGUCUAGCCACAACAAUUCUACGAGUGGAAAGGACACCAAUUAAAAUUCAGCUGAUAAACAUUUUUGUUAUGUCUUCAUCCCUUAUAAGAGAUCUUCCUUUCCAUUAACUCUUUAGUCGAAAGUCGUGAUCGAGUGGUUAGCACUCCUGCUUCGUAUUAAGAAGGUCCCCUACAGGAUAGUACUUUGAAUUAGGCCACGACCGUUUCCUUUAACUCAUUAUUCACUAUUACUCGACGCUAUUAAAAGACGUCGUUAGAUAAAUUAUAAAUAAAUAUUUAACACUAUCAUAAACUUGCCUUCGGUACAAGUGGCACUAAAACUUGUGUAGUUGUACCAAAACAUGUGAAAUGAAAGAGAAAACUUCCAUCGGGAUAUUAGUGAGAACUUUAACACUCACACAGUCGUAAAGAAUAUCUUAUUAUUUAAUAUCUGCAUUACAGGACGUCGUAAUACAGCAUAGAUUUGACGAACUAUAUUUAUGUAUUAUUUAGUAACAAAAUAAGAGAAAAGUAUCAUUAAUAUGAACGAAAAGGGCUGUGGAACAGAAAGGAUUCGAUCUUGUAUUCUGGAGUCAAACGGUUUGAUUUCCUUCCAAGGAAAUGUCGAAAUAAUGCCAUGAAAUAGUUCCGAUCGUUUCGCUCCAAAGUUUUAAGUGCUCACAAUUCGAUAUCCGUAUGGCAUAACUUCUGCAGCUGAAAUAGCGCCUUUAAAAUGACUAAGCCAAUAACAUAGCUUCAAAUUCUACGCAAAUUAUUUUUUUUACGGGUUUGGAACGUGGAUCUCUUAUUUUGUAGGAAAAACACAAAUUACAAGUGCUUGGGACACAGACAUAAGAAGGAUGAUGUAGCUGGACAAUUUAUAAUAGGAAAGAUAAACUUCGUGACUUACAAGGUCAUAUUAUGUACCCUAUUAUUUAUGACAGCGAGGUCCAGGUUUGAGGCUAGUAAACCAGAGUAAAAGCCAAAUAAAUUUAUGUUCUCCCACUGGUCACUGGGAGACUGAACUAGAACCAACGUUAUUUUGAUUAAAAGUCAUUUAGACACUGGAUAAAGCCUAGAAGCAUAAUUACGUAUAUUGCAAUAUGGGGUAAUCUUUCAUGUUUGCUUGUAACGUAACAAAUCACUAUAAAAUAACAGCGUAUUUUGAAGUGUUCUGUUGGAGAUUCAUAAUUUAUACUUAUCUACACAUAUUAUUACUGGGGAUACUGGGAACGACCCGUUCUUCAAGUGCCUGAGCAUCUGCGGGUCCCAACAUUUUCGUUGGCUUGAUCUAUAGACAUUUGGUAGGACUCCUUGGACGAUGGAUCGGCCCGUCGCAAGGCCUCUGCCUGUACACAGGACAGCACAGGGGAGAAAACCGCGGACACACAUGCAUGGCUAGAGUGGGAUUCGAACCCACGGUCCCAGCGACCAAGCGGCACAAGGCCCACGCCUUAGACCGCGCCGCCACUGCAGACCCCUCAAUAUUGUUAGGACGAUGAAAUCAAGGACGAUGGGUUGGCAGGGUGGGGAUGGAAUUGCAAACAAAAGUUUUGUGUAAAAAUCUAAUAAUAAGAGACCACUUGACAUGUCUGGACGUAGAUGGGCCGAAAAUAUAAAAAAUGGCUCUUAAAGGAGUAGAAGUGAAUUCACGUGAAUAAUUUUCGGGACUAGCAUAUGUACAUAAUCUUAAGGUUUCGUAAAACGCGUGACAUUUCUUGGUAAAGUGAUUGACUAACAAAUUCACGAGUAUGUGCUCACAAUGGGGUGAAAGACUUCUGCAUGACAUAGUUGUCAGCUUCACGCUCCGGCCGAUUUUCUCCUCCAGAAAGUCACAAGUCUGGAAGGACCUCCGUGGCGUCACUGAAUGAGAUUCCCAGUAUUCCGAUCCCGUUUAAGAAUAGAACGGCGGUAAUCUCUAAAGGUGGGAGAACAAAUAGAUAUCAAUUUCCGCGCUUGAAUUUCGUAUAGGUGGGUUGCUUCUGUCUUAUAUUUCAACUGAUAAAAAAAUCUUUAUAAAUUUCUACAGGUUUAUUUAUAUACCAUUCUCUUAUUUUAAUACUAUUUCAGACUCGUAAAAUAUUCUAUCUCUCUGCUUAGAACUUAUCUCAGUGUUAUUUAAUCAUGCAUAAAAUACUGUAUCUUUGUAAAGGAAAAAUGUUACGUGGUUAGACACUAAACGUUAUAGAUUUUCAGAUAUUUUUGUUGUCAAAAAUUUUGUAGGUCACAAGCGAAAUGGAUCUAAACUGAAAUCACUCGUGUUACAACUUGUCUUUAUAUAGGAAGCCUUCGUGGUCUUUCGGCGAAGCCCUUUGUUAUCUGUCGCUGAACAAAAGCGACUCUGAAACCGUCCCCCAAAGGCAGUGACUUUAUUAUUCUACUAACAACAUAAAGCAGGUUCAGAUCAAAGAAAUUCGAUACGGUACUAUUACGUGAUUGAAAACAAAAAAAACGGACUGGUGGCAGUUUAUUACGCGGUGGCCAGGAUUGUACUUAUCAAUGUCAGCUACUUUACGCUGCUGCUACUCUACGCCUUCAUUUUCUAAUACGGUGAAGUGUUUCACGUGGUUGUUUGGUGUCUAUGAAAAUGUCUAUAUUUCUAAAAAUGUCCCGCAGAAUAUCACCUAUAGAAUUUUAGAGACAAGCAAGAGAUUUUAUGUUUAAUUCUUUUAUACUGCAGGCGGUGUUGUGAAUUUGCAUGAACGCAAUUUUAAUGCAUCCUGUGAUGGUCUAAAGACUGUAACUUCCAAAGUAAAGAUUUGCCAAAAUGUCUCUUUUCGACAUGUCCCCGCGUUGCUGUCUGAAUAGCGUAAUAUAACACAAAAAUAUUUAACACAAACAAUACGACAUGAAGACAAAUUUUGUAACGUUUCGUGUACGAAUGAAGAUUAACGUCAAAUAUUAAACAAAUUUAUAGUGACGAAGGAAGCAAUUAUAAUUUUUAAAUACUUCGACUAUAUUUGCGUCUCUAGUAACUCCGGUACGGUGAGGGUAUUAACCCUCUGAAGUAGAAAUUCACGGAAGCAGAAUUUAAAAAUCACUUAUUAAGUAAACGAAAACACAACACAUCUCAAUUACAAAAAUAGGUCAGUUAAAGCUGUUUAAGGAAAUAAUCUCUGUUUACUCUAAGAAUGAGACGAAACCCACGAACACGGUUUGUGGUCAAACGAAGCAGAUGGUACGCAUAGCAGCCACAGGGUUUCAAAGGGUUAAACGCAGACUUGGACAGUGGAUCGGGAGUCAGUAGGAAGUUUCCAUACGUAAUAUUGCUUCAUAUCUCCAUAAUUAUACGAACAUAUGCACGUGCUGAAAUAUUAGUUGAUAUUUUCUUUAUCAUCGUUUUGGUGAUAAGUGGUAUUGAGACACAAUGAUAUCGACUUCAAUGUUUUAUGUUACAUUUGCGGGACUUUAUAUUUAGGUCCUUUUCAUGUCUUUAUAGUCUGAGGCUUAGUUAACCUAUUAAAUUCCCGGUUUUAAGGAGUUACAGAGGAAAUAUUCCAUUGUAUCUCCAAAUACACAAACUUAUUUUAUUUCGCAGGAUUAUAAAGUCUCAGUUGUUCGUCCAGAAUAGUGGCAGAUUUUUUUCGUAUAUUCUCUGUGCCAAGAUGCGCUAUAUGGAUACUAGAUUACAUGUUAUGUUCAAAUUUACAUAACACAUUUCAGAUAUUUUUCAGACCUUUUUUUUUAAAUGUUUGUGGGAUUAGAUAUCUCGGUUGUGUUCUAAAUGAAGGUAUAGUGUACAACAAAGUACAAUUAUGGCCGGACUAUCGAGAUGACAAAUCACACACAGUCGCAUGGCAACAUUCCAAAUUCUCUGUACGUCUCCCCAAACUGCAUUAUGGGCGUGGCAGCCAAAGAUUUCCUUCCAAUUUGAUGCUUCUGAUGUACACGUACCACGUAGUAAAUUCUGAGAGCUUAGGUUUAUAUUACGGCAUUUAGAAUCCAGUGGAUUGUAUAAAAUAUACAUCAAGUCGUCCAUUAAAUGGAGAAUUUGCGAGGGAAAAUCAAGUUGUUGAUGGUUAGACUGUCAGAUCCCUUUGGCUGAUGUAAUAGUUUACUAAGACCUGAGGAUCUUCGUUACGAAGGGAGAAAUAAGCAGCAAAUAGAUAAAGCGGGAAAGAAAACAGAAAGAAAACGUGGUACACUAUAGGAGACUACGAGAAAUUUCUUUUUACAUUUGGGGUUGCUCUCUAAACGUAAUAAUUUAAAACACAAACAAUUACUAAUGUUAAAAACUUGUAAUAAUAAAUAUAUCAGGUUACCCCGUAAUCGAUAUCACAGAAAAUCGAUGCUGGUGAGAUUUAUCGGAAUAUAUCAAAACGCUAAAAUUAUAAGUUAAUUUGGGCCCUCAAAUGAAAUGAACUUAGAGUUAACGAAACUCGCAAAUGACAUAACAUAUUUAGAAUUUAAAAAUGUUGUGUACGAAAAUUUGUUUACAAAACUAAAGUAAACAUGUGUAAUUAAUUAGGAUAAGAAAAAUGUCCCUCACUUAACCCAAGUUAAAAUUGCACGAGAAUCGUAUUAUAGGCCUGCCAUAUCCUAUUCACCGAAAUUGGUCUGGCAAACAGACAAUAUUGGCGGACAUAUCAAAUCUGAUAGAAUAUUUCCAAUAUUUAUUUUCUGGAAGGGCACCGAGAAGUUUUGUAAAUUUAUAUUUAUUAUAGUUUUAGCAUAAAAUUUCUGCUAUAAAAUUUCUGUAAUUUAAUUGUUACAGGCUACAUUUACAUCAGUUGCAUAAAAAUGGUCUCCCAACAAACAUAAUUAUUAAAUAUACUGAUUUUCCGGUAAACGUUUCGUAUUUAUAUCAAACGCUUCAUCAUGGCUUACAUUUUUCGUUUUGUACACGACAAUAAAAAAAAACGAUAACAGUGAACGAAAUUCAGUAGGUGCUGCUGAACGUUCGACUGAAAUUUCUGUUUUCAUUGCAUGAAUUAUUUACAACAAUUAAACAAAGACGCUGUUAUGGCGGAAGCAAAGAGAGUAGAAUGAUUUCUUUUCUUUAGCGAGUACUGCAUUUCAGACAUUUGUCUAUGUCAGCUGUUUCUCUGUCCAUACAAAGAUUUCUGUAUGGGAAUAGUGAAGUCUGUGUGAAGCUGUUUCUAUAUCAGAAUACAUUAUGGAUUAAAAAGUAAGAGCUGUCAGAAAUGUCUAGUCAACAAAUCAACUCUUAUGAUUUUCACAAAGCAGAAAUUCCUCGUGAGUAAGACAGUUCAUAUUAAACAUUUUGAUAUUAAACUAUUUAGUCUGCUAUAUAUUAUUUAUUCAUACGACCUGGGCAUAAAAGAUGUUAUUGGAUGUUAAUAUUUAAAAUAUAUUUUUUUAUAAAACAGUAGUACAAUGAGAAAAUAAUAUCGUAUAUAACACGAGCAGUUUUAGGGCAGAGAAAUAGAAAUUAUUUUGUGAUACUCAAAAACAUUACAUUUGAUCUUUUCCCAUACCAGAAUGUGUGUUUGUUCCAAUCCUGUCCUGGGGUCUUCCUAAACUUUGCUUUCAAUUUCAGUAUUUGUUGUAUAUAUGUUUAAUCUUUCAUUCUUUCUGCGUACUUAAUUUGUCUGUCUUAUCCGAUUUUUACAUAUUUUGAGGUACAUUAUUAGGUGAAAUGUAAUUUUGCAAUGUUGAUACUCACUUAAACAAGUACAACUGUAGCUUCCUUUUAAACCUAUGAAGAAAGUAUAACACUGUAAGUAAGAUAAACUGAGUGAAGAACAGAAUAAGAUGUUAGCUAAACACUUGAAAGAUUUUCGUGGUUUGCAUGAACGUGCGUAAAUAUUUCAGGUGCUUACAUUGGAUGAUGUUAAAAAUUCUGUGUAAUAAAAACUUACUUUAAUUUA